AUGGCAGCGGCAGCGUGGCUGGCCGCGGCGGGCGCGGGGGAGCGGCGGGGGUCGCCGACCGCCGCGCAGGAGUCCCUCGAGCGCGCGAUGACGAUGGCGACCGACGACCCGGGCAAGCAGGAGGCCGAGAUGACCGCCGGGCGCCUCCUCGGGCUGUGCGAGUCCAUCUACACCAGCUUCAACCCCAGCGCGCUGACGCUGGACGCGCACGCGGACACGUUCCUCUCCGAGAAGAAGAUCAGCAACGAGGACGACGCGGUGUUCGUCCGGCAGGUGUUCUACGGCACCGUGCGCUACAAGCGGCUGAUACAGGCGCUGCUUGCUGCCUUCUAUCACAAGAACAGUGGUGCGGCGCUUCGUGCGGAUGCCAACCUGUACUCUGUCUUCGCGUACCUGGCUCUGUUCCGGCUAGAGGAGCUCACGUUCUCGAUGUUCAGGAAGCUCGUCGCGUCCCAGGAGCCGCAGAAGAUGUACGUCUUCCUGCACUUCAUGUUCACGACCGACAACCUCCGCAACUUCUGCCGCGACUCGUGGCUCAAGCUCUACGACAAGGUCUUUGUCGACGACCUCAUCGAAUGCGUCGCGCUCUGGCAGGAGGAGAGCGCCGACCUCCUCAACGGGCUGGAGUCGCGCGUGUUCAUCGCGAACUCGAAGAGCGGGGAGCGCAAGGCCACGACGGGCCGCGCGCGUCCGGCCCCGAAGUCCACGAAGCCGCAGCCCUUCAAGCUCACCAAGCCCAAGCCCAAGCCGCCGCCGCUGCCGGAGCCCGAGCCGGAGCCGUACCGCGCCAAGCCCGCGCCGAAGCUCGACGAGGGUCCGACCGCGGAGGAGCGCGCGAUCGAGGCGGCGCGCGAGCUCAACCGCCGCAAGAUCGAGGCGCUGCGGCAGGACCAGCAGCGGCUGGUGUUCAAGCUGCGCGUGACGGAGCGGCCGUCGAAGCUGCCGCAGCUGGUGGCCGCGGAGCGGAAGCGGCAGAAGGAGGAGAGCGCGUACCGGCCGGUGAAGCCCAAGCCGGUGCCGCGGCCGCCGUCGGCGGAGGUGCGGCUGAACGCGGCCGCCAUCCUGCGGGAGGACGCGGUGUACCGGAAGAAGCAGGCGGAGGAGAUGGCGGCGCUGAAGGCGUACGAGGCGGAGCUGCGGGACGCGAAGGCGUUCGAGACGUGGCAGGCGGAGAUGCUGGCGCGCGACCAGCAGGCGCGGCUGGAGGAGGUGGAGGAGCGGCGGCAGGAGAUGGCGCGCGGGCAGCAGGCGGCGGCGGAGGCGCGGGAGCGCAAGGUGAGCGAGAACCAGAGCCUCGCGGCGGACAUGAAGGAGGAGCGGGAGCGCGCGGCGCAGCGCGUGGAGGCGGAGCGCGAGGAGGAGGUGGAGCGCAACCGGCAGCGGGCGGCGGAGAUCGCCGAGGAGCGGGCGAACGUGGCGCGGCAGCAGGAGGCGGUGCUGACGCAGAACCGCGAGCUCGCGGAGGAGGAGCGGCGGAAGCGCGAGGCCAACGCGCGGCGGCUCGCGGAGCAGCAGGCCGAGGAGAUGCGGUUGAAGAAGGACCUGAUCAUGCAGCUGCGGGCGAUGGAGCGGGCGCGGGAGGCGCACCAGAAGCAGGUGGACCCCACGUGGACGCCCAACCUGGGGCUGCUGGACGAGAUGAGCCUCGUGGAGCUGCGGGAGCGCAUGGUGGUGGAGCGGGAGCGGGAGCGGGAGGCCGAGGAGGAGCGGCGGGCGCGGAUCAAGCGGCAGAAGGAGGCGAAGCAGAGCACGCUCAUGGCGAAGGCGGCGAACAUCACGCGGAUCCGGAAGCUGGCGAACGCGCAGGCGGCGCUGCGGCGGCGGCGGCGCGAGGAGGACGCGGCGACGUCGGCGGCGAGCGAGUCGCGGCGGAAGGACGCGCAGACGCUCGAGCUGAGCGACCGGAUCAAGGAGCGGAAGGCGGCGCUCGAGGCGGAGAAGGCGCGGCUGGCGGCGGAGCAGAAGCGCAUCAAGUUCGAGCAGGCGCAGCAGGCGGCGAGCGCGGACGCGGUGGAGGAGAGCAAGUUCGCGGAGCUGCGCGCGGGCGCCGAGCGGAUCGUGCGGAACACGCAGGCGACGGUCAAGGGCGAGGACGAGCUGUACGAGGCCACGAUGGCCCGGCAGCGCAGCAUCAAGAUCGACAACCAGCGCAUGGCGCAGGCGCAGCGGGAGGCGCUGCUGACGGACUACGACCUGAAGAUGCGCGACAUGAAGCAGCGCAAGGCGCAGGACGACGCGAAGGACCUGACGCGGAAGAAGGACAUGGUGCGCUCGCAGAGGGAGUUUGAAAACACCCUCCGGGAGAAGAAAACACUCCCCCGGGCCACGCGGGCGUGA